UGUAACUGCCAACCGCCCUAGUUUGAAAAGUGGAAGCCGCGCGUGGGGCAGUGUUCCCCCAAGGGGGGGGGGCGGCUGACGCGGGGAGGGAAAGAAGGCGGCUUCGUCUCCGAAGGGGCGGCCCCCCCCCGGUAAAGGCAGCCAAUGGCUGCCGGCGCUUGGCAAGGAGGGAGGCCGCUUGCAGCCCCUGAGGAAAUCUCUUCCUGGCUUCUCUCAUCCUUCCAGGGAGUUAGGCGGGCUGUGGCUCCGGCGAGCCUCUUGGUCAACUGCCCCGCCCUCGCCCGCAUUCCUGCUUCCCACUCAAGGCAGGCUGGGAGCUCCGGCCUCUUCCUCUGGUCCUCCUUUAAUGGGUGUUGAAGGAGGGAGGAUAGAAAGAGGCGCCCUGGCGAGUUGCUGGUGACAUGGGUGGAUCAGGGCCUUGAUAAGCACAGGUAAUCCAGCCUCAAUGCAGCCAAACAGGAGGCGUAAAAUAGAGUGGGACAGGUUGUCUGUUGGAUCACCCGCCAAAUAUCGCAGACUCGCCAAAGAAGCGCCGUCACAGCCUUCCCCUAGCAGUAGGUCUGCUACAUGCAUUGAGACGGCUACAUUCAGGAAAGCUCCAGAGUCUUAUAAAGCGUUCUCGAGAACUUCAUUCGCUGCAGCGGAUUCUUCCUCUGAUGAGACUGAAACGAAUGAUGGAAUUGACAGCAUUCUUGGAGAGAGCCCAGACCGCCCUCUUUCCAAUAAACUGUUCCUUGUAAAACGUCCCGCCUGUGACAUGUCUGAGGAAAAUGUGACGUCUUCGCCUCGAGAAUCCUUGAAACAAAAGAUUAAACAAGAUGGCUGCAGUGAGACAGGUCCAAGCCUCACACCAAGCACAGAAAGAAAAGGUGCUUCAAAGGAAGCAGGUGCUGAAUGUGGCAGGAGGAGAAUGAAGGACCAGGACCAAGGAUCUCGACUAAUAUACCGCAAAGCUCUGCUUGCUAUACUUGGGGGACCACUGCGACCUAGAAGGGAGGUGGCACCUCCAAAUGGAACCCUGGAAGAAAGCGUUCCUAAAAAAGUGGCAUCUGAAUCAACUGGCCACCUGAGACGUCCCUCAAUAGCAUCAAAACUUGGAGAGCAGCAACCUGGAAAAGAGUCAAACUGUCUGAAAACCAUAGAAAAAGAGCACAUUAAUAUUUCUAUCAGGCAGGAUAGAAAAGAGUCUCAUGGGUCAGAUGGCAGCUCAAGACGUGUAUCUGUAGUUUCAAGUUCAGAAAGAGAAAAAGACUUUAAACAGGAGUCCACCUUUCAUAAAGCUGCUGCAGAAGAUGAACAUAAUAUCUCUAGGCAUUGUGGAAAAGAGGCUUCCAGAUCAAAGGGUAGCUUGAGGCAUAUUCGUGCAUUAUCAAGAUCUGAAGAUGAACCAGAAGUUGAACAGGACUCUGUCUUCCAGAAAGCUGCUGCAAAAGAAGAAAAGAAAACCUCUAGGCAUAGUGGGAAAGUGGCUUCCAAACCAGGUGGCAGCUCAAGGCACAUUCAUCCAUUAACAAGAUUUGAAGAUGAACUGGAAGUUAAGCAGGAGUCGACCUUUCAGAAAGUUGCUGCAAAAGAAGAAAACAUUAUUUCUAGGCAUAGUGGAAAAGAGGCUUCUAGACCAGCGGGCAGCUCAAGGUAUACAUUAUCAAGGUCUGCAUUAUCAAGAUCUGAAGAUGAACCAGAACUGGAAAAGGAGCCAAAAGACACCAACAUUUCUGUUGGACGGAGUAAAAAAAAGGAUUGCAGAGAGCAUUGCAGAUCAGAUGGUAAAUUUAAAAGCACAUCUCACCUUUUACUGGUUGAAGGAGAACAAAAAUAUAAGCAAGAGUCCACCAAACAGCAAAGUCAAACUGAUGAUGAAAAUGCCUGUGCCAGUCCAUCUAAAAAGGAGUAUGGGAGACCAGGAAACCAGCUGAGAAGUGUGUCUGAAGUGUCCAGGUAUGAAGGUGAAGAACUGUUCAAGCAAGGUUGCAGCAGUGAGAAAACUAUGACAAAAUACAACAGUACCUUCACAAAGCAGAAAACUGUGCCAAAAGAAAAAUAUGUUUGCCCCAGUUCAUCUGAUGCACAUUGUGUUACUGCUGCAAAGGAGUUUGUGAAUUUCCAGAGGACAGUUAUUGUGGAAUCUUCUCCAAAACCUGUGUUUGUGGAUGACCACAGUUCAGAAGUAAAUGAGAAGUUAAUGGGGAAAGAAGGAGAGUCCUCGGCUGAAAGUGAUUGGUCUGACAUGGAGGAUGCAGAACCACCUAGUACUUUCUCCCAGGAGGAUUCUAUCCCAAACCACAGUACGCCAAAAACAGUGGAGACUUCACAGUUGGCAACAGAGUUGGUGAUGUAUCCUCCUCAUUUGUACAAUCGCAGAAUGAGUGACUAUACAAAGUAUUGGACAAGCUGCAGCAAGCCAGCGGAUUGUUCUUCUUUUUCAUGUUCUUCUGAAGAUACCUCAUAUGCCACCCAUCUUUGUGAUGUUUCAUUAGAUACCUCAACUGAUAGCCCAUCAACUACACCAAGGGAUAAAGAACCUUGUAUGCGUGUUAGGCCCCGGUCACUUGGUUCUCAACUGGUCGAUGAAGAGAAAAACAGACGACGGAGUAAAGAAGUAGCAUCAUGUUUUCCUAUUUUCUCCACAUCUCGCAAGUCAGAGUCUUUUGUCAAUCAGUGUGUAAACCAGGAUUUGCCUGAUGAGCUGCCUAAAUAUUUAAAAGAAGGGUUUAUUGAUACCCACUGCCAUUUGGAUAUGUUAUAUACAAAGACAGCUUUCAGGGGUACUUUUUCUAAGUUUCGAAAGACUUACAGUAGCAGCUUUCCUGAAGAAUUUCAGGGAUGUAUAGCUGACUUUUGUGAUCCUCGUACAUUGAACAACUACUUAUGGGAAGAUUUAUUAAAGGAAGACAUGGUUUGGGGGGCAUUUGGCUGUCAUCCUCACUUUGCACGUUAUUACACAGACCUUCAUGAAAGAAGUAUCUUACAGGCAAUGAGGCACCCCAAAGCUAUUGCCUUUGGAGAAAUGGGGUUGGAUUACUCUUACAAAUGUAGCACUGAGGUCCCAACGCAACAUAAGGUAUUUGAAAGGCAACUGAAUCUUGCUGUUUCCUUAAGGAAACCAUUGGUAAUUCACUGCAGAGAUGCUGAUGAUGACUUGUUGGAAAUCAUGAAAAAAUGCGUACCCAAAGACUACAAGAUACACAGGCAUUGCUUUACUGGCAGAUACAGUGCCAUAGAACCAUUGUUGGACUACUUUCCAAAUCUUACUGUUGGAUUCACAGCACUGCUGACAUAUCCAUCUGCUACAGAGGCUAGAGAGUCAGUUCAGAAAAUCCCUUUAAGUAGAAUAGUUGUAGAAACAGAUGCGCCAUAUUUCCUUCCUAGGCAGGUUCCCAAAACUGUAUGCCAGUAUUCACAUCCAGGAGUAGCUCUGCACACCGUUAAAGAGAUUGCUCGGCUCAAGGAAAUGUCAUUGCCUGCCAUGUUAGGCAUUCUAAGACAAAACACAAAAAGAAUAUAUGACUUGUAGGGAAGCACAAGGGAGUGUGGAAAAGAGUUGAUGAGGAAAUACUUUUUAUGUAAAUAUAAAUUUGGAACUUGCACAUUAAUGUUGGCCAGCUUGGAUAUUGUGACUUCUGGAAACAAGGAAAAUAUUAAUAAGUGCUUAAUUGAACCACAGUCCUUUAAAAUUCACACCUUUUCCUGCUGCUUCCCCUCUCCUCUGCUAUUUGUUCCCUUCCUUUUAAGGUGCCUUAGUGUUGAUUUUAUUCAUAAGAGUGGCUUUCUUUUUUAAUUUUAAAUUAUCUUGGGCAGCCAAAAAAUUGUCAGCAUAUUGAUUUUUUUAAAUUUUUUAUUUCCUUUUUUUUAAUGUAUCUGAAGGAGAUUAUAACUGAGCAUUUUUAGAAGGCCAGUUUCCAAUAGAAAGGAGAAAGCCAGGGAUGCCUUAGUACAGGGUAGUCAAUAUGGUGCUCUCCAAACGUUGGACUCCAACUUCCAUUAACUCCAGCCCCACCAUGGCCAGUGACCAGGAAUGAUGGGCAGUGGACCCUGAUGGCUACCCCUGGUAAGGCGAGGCUUAGCCUUAAAAAAGAAAGUGCUCCUAAAUUGUCUUUGCCUUGUCUGAUUAUUUCUCUUGAAGCUGCAGUCCAUGUAACUGCAAUACCAUAUAUUCUUAGUUGAAAACCUUCCAUUUGGUAUAGCAUGAAUAUACUCAAAGAAGUAAUGACAUACAUUACCAGUAUAUGAUAGUAAUUCCCCCCCCCCCCAAUAUGCAUUAGCACAAAGGAUCAUCUCUAAGCAUGUCUAUAAACUAUAUGGCAAGAACCUUAAACUGAACUGAAUUUGCAUAAUAACUCAGAGAUACUGAAAGGGCUGUGAAAUACUCUCUAGAUCUAACCUCUAAUCUGGUGUCAUCUGCAUGUUGUUGGACCACCACUCCCAUGCUGGCUGGGACUGAUGGGAGCUGGAGUCCCAACAGCAUCGGGAGAGCCUUAGGGUGAGGAAGGCUACUCUAGAUACACUGUGUUCUCCAGAAACCGAAGCACACACAAAGUAAUUAAACAAAGCAAGGGAGUGAAAUAGGCUCUCAAGAUUAUUUUGUGGGAAACCAUGAUUUGUUUUUGUUUUAAUUAGGCAGUUUUAACCUCUGCAGUGGGUUCCUUUUUAAUAAAGAAAAAUGAUUCCAUGUUUCUAUAUUGUUCUAUUAUGUAUUAUUUGGACUUAAAAAAAAUUACUUGUAAAUAAACAUAUUUUUAUAUAAUAUUCAUACAUGUUGUAUACAUGACUCUUGGGCAAGAAAUUAAAGUAUUGCAACCAAUAACAUGGAAAGCAAACAUUGUUGUUCUCUGCCCUUCCUUUGCCUUCAGUUCAGCAGUGUCUUCAUGUUAUAUGGAAAGGUCCUUCUGUAUAUACUUCUAUUUGUUUUAUUAAAAGUGUUUCCUAAUGUUUGUGAAAACAGCAUUCUAAGUAACUUUUUCCUUCUGCACACGUGUGUGAGGUGGAUGUAUGUAUGUUUAUAUGCAGGAGUAACAAUAAAACCAUGCUCUCCCUUUCCAGUCAUAA